AUGCCGAACAGCGCAGCCAACCGUGCCCCUCAGCUUGAGGAAGGCGAAAUCAGUGAAGAAGACCAACAAGAGCGUCAACCGGCCAACCAACUACCCCCCGCGCAUGACAACCGCCAUCCAGCCGGAAACGAACAGCGUGUCUAUGCCUCGGCCAAAGCCAGAAAGGUGAUGGCCAGGGCGAACAGGAUCGCCUCUCAAGCAAGGGCCCAACGAGCCGAAGCACGCAGGGCUAACGAGGAUCGAGCACACAGGGCUAACGAGGAUCGAGCACGCAGCGAAAACAGAGAGUUCAACCGUGCUCCUCAGCCCAGGCGAUGGCAUGCCGGCAGGAGAUUCAGCGAUACUCGUCCAGAUCCGACCAACCACCAGAGACCAAGGAGAAGGGCAAGUUUUACGGACGAUGGCGAUGGAAAUCGGAACGAAAACUUCGAUCAGCCUCCAAAUCAAGAUUUCGUCGACUAUCAUCAAUAUCCCCCUCCUCCUCAUCGUCAUCAUCGCAACCCAGCCAACUUCGACCAACUCGACCGCCAGCCAAACUAUCAUCCAGAUCAACAAUACGAUCACCCUGAAGUCCACCCUGAACGUCCGCAUCGCCCGGAAGUCUAUCAAGAACGGCCUCGUCACCAAGAACUCUAUCAUAAACGGCCCCAUCGGCGACCAGAAGUCUAUCAAGACCGACCGCAUCGCCAUGAACUCCAUCGCGAGCAGACCCAUCACCCUGAAGUCUACCAUGAGCCACCUCGUCGACCAGAAAUCUACCGAGAACCACCCCAGGACCGAGAAGUCUACCUAGAACCACCCCAGCACCGAGAGGCCUAUCACGAACGAGCCCACCCACCCCAGGUCUAUCAAGAACAAACACAUAUUCCAGAGGCAUAUCAUGAACAGGCACACCCACCUGAGCUGUAUCAAGACCAACCGCACCCCCCGCAAGCUUAUCAUGAACAGCCUCAUCCGCCCGAGGCCUAUCAUGAGCAGCCGCUUCCACCCGAAGCCUAUCACGAGCAGCCACCCGAGGCCUAUCACGAGCAGCCACCCGAAGGCUGCCAUGAGCAGCCACCCGAAGCCUAUCAUGAGCAGCCACCCCAAGCCUAUCAAGAGCAGCCACCCAGAGCCUAUCAUGAGCAGCCACCCCAAGCCUAUCAAGAGCAGCCUCACGAAGCCUAUCAUGAACAGCCACCCGAGGCCUAUCAUGAACAGCCACCCGAGGCCUAUCGUGAACCGUCGCAUCCCCCGCAAGUCUUUCGUGAACCGCCUCGUCAGCCUUUAUACCCUGUUCAAACCGCGUCCGAAUCUUCUCUGCCUUCUACCCCACAUCAACCUGCUCACCCUCCAAAUCUGGUGCCGAACUACCCUCCGAGCCAUUACAAUGCCUACCGUCCACCUCCAGCUCAGCCCUCACCGGCUGCGCUACAGCCAGCUCGCGGGUACGAAGCUGCCAAUCAUCCCUCCUUUGAAGAAUACGAAGCUUCACAACACCCGUCUUUCCAAAGCCAACAAGCCUCGCACACUCCUCAGCCGAUCGCCGGUCCAUCUACGCACAACCCGUACUUACGUCAACCUCAGGAGCCCCACCAUACACCGCCCGAAGCUUAUUACCCACCUCAAGCCCAUCAUCCACCAUCAGUCUCACCAUCCGUUACCUCUCAUCUUGACGCACACAUCAACAAUCAGCUGCCUUACUACCAGCAUGCUCCGGAACAGCCACGUCAACCACCUUACCGACUUGCCUCGGAACAGCCUCCGCAGGUGCCUCACCCUCCCCGAGCUCCCAGAGCUCAUCAAGUUCAUCAAACAAUGGAAAGCCGGCUGGUACCCAAUUAUCCUGUUACACCUGCUCAUCAUGAAUUUCACCAUCCGCCCGAGCCUUCAACAUCGGCACAUGCCUAUCAUCCGCCCGAGCCUUCAACAUCGGCACAUGCCUAUCAUCCGCCCGAGUCGUCAACAUCGGCACAUGUCUAUCAUCCGCCCGAGUCUUCAACAUCGGCACAUGGCUAUCAUCCGCCCCCAGUCCCACCGUCGUCCAACCAUGAAAUUCAUAGCGAAAACCAGUCGCCUUACUAUCAACAUGACGCAGAACAGCAACGUCGACCAACCUACCAGCUUGAUCCAGGACAAGCUUCCCGGGCGCCUUACCCUACCCGACCCCAUCCCCCCCAACAAAUUACGGAAAGUAGACUGGUACCCAAUUAUCCUGUCCCACCUGCCCAUCAUGGCUUUCAUCAUCCACCCCAGUCAUCAAGAUCAGCGGACGGCUUUGAAACAGCCCCAGCCGCUGCGUUCGAACCCCAGCCUUUACCGAUUCCCCAUCAGUCCGCUUCCGGGGGUUUUCAGUUAGACCCACAACCGUACCCUCCUCCUCCUCCUCCUCAAUAUCAUCGGCUUAAUUCAGAAAAACAGCGCAUGCGGAGUGCUGAUGAGCCAGCACCCGUUCCUGCCGAUCCCUACCAUCACAUGGGUCAACCUCGACGAGCGUUUGCUCAGAUCCAAGAACCUGGACCGGUGCCUCCUCGACAUCCAGGCAAUCCCCCUGAUCACCCCACCGAACACCUGAAGCACAACCGGGCUGGCCCCAGUGAGAUAGAGAAUAGAGGUGGAAACCAAAGGGAAGGGACUUCUCCAGGCUUAGAUUUUGCGACUAAAAAGAGAGAGGCAGAGAGGAUGAUGAGCGAGCUGUUUUCGUUGGGAGUAUCGCCGGAAUAUUUAUUAAGUAGAGGAAUCUCUGAGUGGCUGGUUAGGGAGACAUAUCCGAGGCUAAGCCGACCGCGGCAGCUUUCACGAGUCGUUGAGGAGCUGAGAUCGCCGAAGGAGAGGAAGCAGGACCCCAGGUUUCACGAAGAUCGUGAUCGUGAGCUCAGACAAGUGGCCACUCGAUCCCCGCCCCGUCGGAAUCGUGCGCGGGAGAAUGGCGGUGAACUCCAGCGGGAGCCAAGCUUGAGUGGUCCUAGCAAGAGCAUGGUGCAUCAAAAAAAGGAAGCAGGGCCUAGUAAAGAAGUCGUGUAUAACAGAAGGAAAGAAGAGGGUCCCGGGAAGGAAAUCGUUUCAAAAGAAAAAGAAGCAAGUAGGACGGAGUCGGGCUCGAAGGAAGAAGGAAGACCAUCGCAAUCCGCUCCCAAAGAAGAGAAACGGGUGGAAUCCAAGCCCAAAGAAGACGCCGGAUCGCAACCCCCCAACCCGACGGUACUGGCGAAGAAGAAAAAAGAACGGGUGGUCUCGACGAAGGAGAGGCCGGAGACGUCGACGAACGAAAACGAGCCGCCUAGUGGAAGGCCUGGCGUGUUAAGAAGGUCCCUCCGAAACCAAGUCCGCACUCAAAAGAUCCGCCAAGACGCCCCUCCCCCCUUGCUCGGCUUGCCUACUCCUCCAACACCAACUGACAAGGACGCGCUUUAA